AUGGCCAAAAAACGAAAAAAACUCAUCAGUAAAGGGGGUCUUGGGGGGGGGAUGGAACCCCCUCGACCACAAAAAUCGAUUCAGCAUCCUCAAAUUACUCUAGAUUCCAAGUUUCAACAUACCUUACCUGAACCACCCCAGCCUAUUUCCCAACCCAACCCAACCCAACCCAACCCAACCCAACCCAACCCAACCCAACCCAACCCAACCCAACCCAACCCAACCCAACCCAACCCAACCCAACCCAACCCAACCCAACAAACAAUUAUUUUCAUAAAAUUCCGCAAAAGUCAAAAAUGCAACUAUAUACGAUAUUUUACAAAGAGAACAAAAACCUGGAUGUCCCCUCUUUUGCCGAUGGUCAACCCAACCGACGAAGACGACGAAGACGACGAUUCCCGCACCAACUUCAAGGCGGAUUUGGUGCAUUUUCUUGGACUCUACAAGCAGGAUUGUCUGACGUCAUGGAUCGACGCCUUAAAAAAGAGGAAUUUUAACAACGUAGACGCUUUUUUGAUACCAUCUUUUCCAGGAAGUCACCGAGGACAGGACAUGAAGAAAUUUGGACUUGGGAAAAUGGCUGAAGUGCUGAAAGAACACGCAACGGCCCUGAAUCCCGCGCUGGAAUGGAAGUUGGUGGCGCAAACGUCAUCGAUAGGCUCCCUCGGAGAAACUGCCGACAAGUGGCUUUUCAGUGAGUUCCUUUCGGCUUUCUCCGAGGAAGUCGUCGAUUCGAUGUCGAUUGUCUACCCGACGAUGAAAGAACGCGAUGCCAGCUUCGAAGCAGCGGUUGACGGCAGCGAAAAAAGCGGCAGUUGCUUGUCGUACUCCGUGGCCGAGAACAAGCGACAACCUUGGCUUCAGGAGUAUUUAUGGUUAGUAAAGACAAGAGGUGUGGACCCGCAAGGUUUUUUUAUAUCAAUUUUUUUUUCGCAGCCGUUGGAUCACGAGCUCAACCCGCAAGACCAGCAGCAGCGGCCGAGUGGCAGCCGAGUGGCUCUGACACCUGAUUCUCCUACGCCGCAACAGGAUGACGCGAUGAGCGAACAACAAGACUUUCCUUUGUUUCAGGUGGAAGAAGAAGACGACGAGUCAGGGUUUCGCCCGUCGCCACUGAUCGAAACCCCCCUGCACCACAAAAACGACGUGGAUUCCGUGCUUGUCUUGUUCGGCAGCCUUUCAGCUGUCGACAUUGGUGACAGGCUCACCAUGGACAUGCGCGGAAUAAAAGGGCAACCUACGACACAGACGAAGCUCGUCGCCAACAGCCUUUUCGGAGGGCAAUGGCACGAGUUUAAGAUCGGCUGCGCGAAUGGAAUGUACAUUUAUUGUAUUUUCCAGAUGAGCAUCGACACGGACCUGGCCUCGAUUCGAAAAAACUUCGUAAUCCGAGUGCUGCAACCGGCCAUCAAGCUUCUGCCUGUCAACAGCGUGACGCGCGCGCACGGCGCCCACCUGCCAGACAUGCCAUCCGACAGAAGCAUAUCCAUCUACAAGAACGAUUGGCCGGCCAUUGCCAAGUCCGUGGACCAAACGAUGCUCGGCGGCAAUGUGUUGAAGUGCAGGAACGUCCGGUACUUCGUCGCAAUGCACGGUCUCAAAAGCAGAUCUUUCGAUACAAUCGAAAGCAUUUUGAAGACCGUCAUUUCGGACUUGGAGUCACCGGACGUCGAAUCCAUAGAGAUUCACACUGCAACCAACAUUGCCACCGACGACCGCAGCGCACUCGUCCUGGACCUUCGAAGAAUACGGCAUCACGAAGAAAUGAAGACCCUCUCGACGACGAACCCGUAUUUCUUAUCGAAAUACGGGCACUGCUACGGAGCCGUCCGCCUGGCCAAGUUUACAACAGUUUUGUAUAUUCAGUCGUACAAUUUAAUUAUUCAUCUUUUAAAACUCCGUUCAUUCGUCUGCGUCGGGUCUUUGUUAAUUUGUAACUGUUUUAGAAGGAACGGAUUGCAGAUGCCGAAAGAUCUAAGAAAAGUAGGAGAGGAGACCCGAACGUACCUACGCGCCUUGACCAACGUCAUCCAGGCGAUGCAAGGGGGAGCGCCGCUGAGGAUUGAGGUGGUGGAGAAGUUUGAAAGCUUUGCGUCCUUCAAGGAGGCCUACCCAUCCAACGCCGCUUUCGAGGAGAAAAAACGCCGAUUUUUGGACUUUCUGGUGGAAGAAAGAAUGAUCGUGCGUUUCUCUCCUCGUCAAUGGAAGGAACACGUGGCGCUCUCCGGCAUCGAGAUGGACGCAACCCUCAUCCAAGGUGCCCUGGACACUAUGGAAGAGAGGAGCGACGAGGCGACCUUCUCCAACCUUGAAGCUCAACAAGAACAGCAGGAGCAGCGGCGAUUCAGCGGCAGCGUGCUGCAAAUCCGGAAAGCCAGGAGAUUGGCCGAGCAGGAAAGAAGAGCCCAGAUCCUGCGAGCCUCUACGGAAGAGGUUCACGACGGCUUUCCCCUCGACACCGGGAAAGUGGAUAAAAUUCUCGUGGUCUACGGAGCUAUCCAGAGGGCCUUGAUGUUCACCCACGGCGGUUUCCUGUCGCGACACAAGAUGGACUACCAAUGGUUCAAGGGGAUGAUUUCAGGAAAUGGGGGCUACAAAAAGGCCUUCGCCCAUCUACACGAGCAACGGAGAGAAGAGGAGCAGGGAGUGGAAACGGAGACGCCACCGAAGUUUGAGACAUAUCCAGAGGCCGUAUCGCACUCCAACUUGGCAAAGGGCUCCGUCAAACUUGCCUUGCGGGUUCACACUGCGUACCAACCGUAUGUGCACCUCAUUUUCGAAUGCAUGCAGGUGUUUGACGUAGCCUGGAGCGAGCGGGUGAGGGCGAGCGACCAAACAACAUCGAUUUUCUGGUUCUUGACGUGCGUUCAUGCCACCUACGCCAGCAGGUUCAAGGGCAAACUUUCCAAUCGCGAGGUAGUACUUACCGAGACGGCGCCGUUUUCUCCCCGCUCCUCUUUCAAGGAAGGAUCCGUGAAACUCUCCGGCUUCGUAACGGCCAAGGACGUCGUCAAGUCGUUCCUCCACCCCAACACGACCUUUGGGAAGUUGGUGCUGUGCGCAAUGCAGCUGCGCUUCACGUGGAGGAAUAAUGCCACCUUUAAGGAGAAACUGGUGAGCUUGGUCCAACAACACGUCCAGGUGUAUCCCCGGUUUCUGCUUACAGGAACUGAGCGAGACCCCGCACUGCCCCAGUGGCAGACGAUUUUCGACAGGUCACCUGACGACUGGCAAGAGGCGUCCGAAUGCCCGCGUGACCUGAAUUCAUCCGCCAUCAACAACGAGCUACAUCUCGCGAAAUGCAGAAGGAAGACCGGGUUGGGUUUUUCGAAGGAAAGGUCGAACACUGCUGCUGCUGUUGCUACUGCUGUUGCUGCGCCACUCGAGCGUCCCGUUGCUGCUACACCCGAGCGUCCCGGUGCUGCGACUGCUCCGAAGAACCUCGGUGCCUAUCAGCAAUGGGAAAAUGAACUUCUCAUGGAGUACGCCCUUCGCCCCGCAACGCUGGAGAGACCGGUCAAGGGCUUGGACGUUUGGGAGGAUAUGCGGCGGGAGCCUCGAUUCAACGAUUUGACCGGUCGCAGGUCCACCAAUUCGUUGAUGAAUCGCGCUCUCACCGUAUACCGAGACAGACAACUCCUCCGACGAUUCGGCGUCACCGACCCAAAAAUUGUCUAUAAAAUUUCCAAUUCUUUGAAGAAAAAACCUGUAGGUUCGUAUCGUAAUACACAAAUGCUAUUUGGGAAUAUGUGUGUGUAUGCCUUUUCAAUCCUUAACUUUUUUAUUUUGAUUCCAGUGUCAUCCAAGGGAACGGGUCGUAAACGAUCGUAUCAAGGUGAAGGUGCGUACGAUAUAUCUCCAUUUCAAAUAUUCAACUUUUUCUGCGGCUUUGCCAUAAAACUGUGUUCUUUGUUUAUUUUAGAAAUCCCUCAGCUGUUACCGCCGCCAUCGCCGCCCCUGCCGGUUCACGUCGCAGAAAUCAUGAUCCACAGGCCGGCUUCUCCGCCGCCAUCGCCGCCCCUGCCGGUUCACGUCGCGGAAACCAUGGUCCACAGGCCGGCUUCUCCGCUGAUACCGCUGCCGCCGCUGUCGACAAACGCUCUUAGGUCUCGGUGCGAAAGCAUCGAGUCCGAGAGUGAUAUUUCUGUCAGCAAUGUCAGAAAUGACAACGUUGACAUGGAUAUCAUAGACGACAGUGACGACAGCUAUGUCAACGAAGACACCGAAUACAGGGUGGUCAGCGAAGACGGCGAAGGCGGCGAAGGCAGCGAAGAGAGCGAAGAAAGCGAACACAGCGAAGAUAGCGAACACUGGGAUGACAGCGAAGACACCGAUGACAGCGAAGACAGCGAAGACGGCCAUCUCAGCCUUGUCAGCGAUGUCAGCGAUGUCAGCGAAGUCACCGAUGUCAGCGAAGACAGCAAUGACCGGAUUGUCGGUCCAGUCCAGCAAAAUCCAAAAUGGAGCGACCAGGAAAUCGACGAGAUUUUCAGGGAGCUACUUUUUUUGCUGGACAAUCCUCCGGAAAAAAUGGAACCCUGGAAAAGUCGGAAGUUUUCGAUGUUUCUGCUCGACCGUCUGAAGAAAGAACAUCGUAUUCAUCAAUGCAGAACGGCUGAGGCUCUACGUUCUAAAAUUUUCCAGAUUUUUGGCAAAAUGGAUAAAUUUUCAAUUAAUCGCGACUUUCUAAAGGAGAAAGUCGGCGCGUUAAUUGAAAAAUAUGAAUCCAAGAAAACGUAG